AUUUUUGAAAGAUCCAAGAAAAAGAAAUGUAAAAAGAGGAAAUACACGCCAACAGGAAGACCAAGGGAAAGACCAGAAGGAAGGAAAAGCACUAGGUCACGCAUAAUUAAGAAACAGUUUAAAGAUAACAGACCCCAGUUCCCAUUUUUAGAAUCAGAGAAUGGAAGAAAACCAUUACCUUGGAGAAAAAUUUUAACAUUUGAGCAAGCGGUGGCAUGAGGAUUUUUCAACUACCUUGAAAAACUGAAGUAUGAAUACCAUCUCAGGGAAUCCUUGAAACAAAUGAAUGUUAGUGAAGAUUUAGAAAAAGAUGACCUUGAUAGUCACAGAUAUAAAUACUUGGAUGAUGAUGGAUCUCUCUCUCCUGUUGAAGACCCAGUGGGAGAGGAUGAGGCUGAAACAAACCUCGAACAUGAUGAAUGUGAUAUCAAAUUGGUGGAGAAUAGUUACUUCAUAAUAAGUUCUGACUUACCAAAGAAGAUGAAUGUGUAUUUAGAACAAGAAUAUACUGGAGAAGCUGCUUUGUCUAAAAAGAGAGUAUCAAAGUGCAAAAACAUUGGACAGAAGACAGAACAACCUGAAAUGGAGAUAGGAAUAUGAACAUCAAGGGCUUUAUGUUGAAAACACAGUUUUUGGACUUAAAGGUUUUUUGUAUAUCUCGAAGAUCUGUACUAUUCUAAAUAGUGAUAA